GUCUCAGCAGUAGGUAGUAGCAGCAGCAGCAGCAACAGGAACAGUCAUGGGAAUCGAGAAGUACGCGGGACGCGUGGCCGCGAUCACUGGCGCCAGUUCCGGCAUAGGCGCAGGUAUCGCCCAGGAACUGCUCAAGCACGGCAUUAACGUGGUGGGCCUCGCCAGGAGGGUGGAACAAGUCAAGGCUCUUGAAGUGAAGGGGUCGCCAGGCAAACUGUACGCUCUUCAGUGUGACGUGGGAAAAGAAGAAAGCAUCCUCUCAGCUUUCAAAUGGAUUAGGGAGAAUCUCAAAGGAGUCGACAUCCUGAUCAACAGCGCCGGUGUGGAUCACGAAACUGAUUUUAUAUCCGGUAAAACAGAACAUUGGAGACAGAUGAUGGAGGUGAACGAGCUUGGCCUGGCCAUCUGCAGCAGGGAGGCGGUCCAGGACAUGAUGAGGAGGGGCGUCGACGACGGCUUCAUCAUCCACAUCAGCAGUACUGCGGCCCAUAUACCGAUUUUCAAUGAUGGCCUCGGGAUGCACUCAGCCAACAAAACAGCUGUGAGGAUUAUGGCUGAAGGACUCAGGAAGGACCUCGUCGCCAAAAAGAGCAAGAUUCGUGUUGGGCAAAUUUCUCCAGGGGUCGUAAAAACCCCUGUGCUUACCCAGUCUGAAAAGUUUUCAAAGACCUUCGCGAAUAUGCCCUGCUUGGAAGUGGAAGAUUUAACAAACGCUGUUGUCUACAUGCUUUCCCAACCCCCAAGGGUUCAGGUUCACGAAAUGAUUAUCCGGCCAACAGGCGAAUACUACGAAUGAACUUGCACUAAAUGUUUCUUUCAGUGUACCGUAAUUUCUGAUUUUAAGAUUAAUAAAACAUCUGUUUUUAAACUGCA